AUGGAACCUCCACAUUUUACCAACGAACAAACCCCAGCUUUUCUGGCUAGGAAAAGAAGAAGGCUCACGUUGAACACAAAGAAAAACAUCUCUGGCAUUGUUAGUUCCUCUCUAUCGUCUCAUCAACAUCUCACACCCGUGCCAAAUUUGCUAACAUACCAAAAUAUUAACACUACACCUCCUACCACAACCCAACACCAAUUUCCUGUAUCAACUAGCCAUCACAUAAGAAACAUCCUUCCAUUUGACUAUACCAAUAAGGAAAAUGUAUCCCCAUAUUUCAUGCAAAAUCAAACAACUACUCCCAUUCCAACUAUGUCAUCCACGAAACAUGCACCUUUACAGACAACUGGAUCAAUUUCCUGUCAUACAGCUUCUUCUAGCCGUCCCCUAAAAUGCAAAAACACUGCAAAGACACCAUUUUUUACUCUUCCGCUUAGACAAAAUCUUAUAAAGAGCUUCAAUAAAACCACUCAUACUCAUAAACCAACUAUAAAUGCCAAUACCAACCCCCAGACAACACCACAAACAAUGCAGUCCCGUACCCCACAGUCUCAAUUUUAUACAACAUUGGCUGCUGCUGAUUACUCAAGCGAUGAUUCGAGCACCCAAUCUGAUGAGGAUAAUGCUAUGGAUAACAAUUCUGAUUCGGAUGGAGGUCAACUUGCGGUUCCUUUAGUCAAUUGCCAUGAUGAAGUUUACUCUGAUAUUGGAGAUCCUGUAUGGGAGUGCAAACACUGUGAUGCCUAUAUGUGGUAUCAGGAGCGUAAAGGGAAGUCAAGACAUACAACUAUUCCAAAUUUCAGUUUAUGCUGUAAGGGAGGCAAAAUUGUUGUGCCAUUAUUGGUAACACCACCACCACUUCUUAACACUCUUCUAUUUGAUCCCAAUUUGAAAGAUGCAAACAACUUCCAAAACAACAUACGAACCUACAACGCAAUGUUUUCAUUUACAUCCCCUGGAAUGAAGUUUGACACUUCCAUCAAUGAAGGCGGAGAUCCUCCAACAUUACGAAUGCAUGGACAAACUUGCCAUCGAAUCGGCAGCUUGCUUCCUGAACAAGGAGAACUACCAAAAUAUGCUCAACUGGACAGCAAUAAUGUUGACAGGUCUAUUGUUAGUAAGUUGAAGUUGAUGUUAGAUGAAUAUAAUCCUCAUGCCAAAGCUUUUAGAAUGUCAAGGGAUAUGAUUAAACAAACAGGUUUCCAAGAUAUCAAACUGAAACUUAUUUCAGAACGAUCUUCAGAUGGUCGUGUCUAUAACCAUCCCACCGUAUCAGAGGUUGCUGCUCUUAUCGUUGGUGAUGUCGACACCGCAUCUAAGAGAGACAUUAUUGUUCGACACCGUGACGGUCAUCUACAAAGGAUAGAUGAGUUUCAUUCAGCUUAUCUGGCCUAUCAAUAUCCAAUGAUAUUUGCAUAUGGAGAAGAUGGAUACAGAGAUAAUAUACUACACAAGUAUAAACAUGAACAGGAAGUUACAAAGCAAAAUCGUCAAACUAUCACCGAUUGGUUGUGUUUCCGAUUGCAUGAACGCAAAGGCAAGGCUAGGACACUUCUUCAUUCAAGGAGACUAUUUCAACAGUUUUUAGUCGAUGGAUAUACCAUGAUGGAAUCAGAAUGUCUUAACUGGUUGAGAAAAAAUCAAUCCAAGCUAAGAGUUGGGAAAUAUACAAAGCUUAAUGAACAAGUGUCUGGGAGCGCCACAGAACAACCACAUUCUAAAACUGGAAGAAGAAUUGUCUUACCAUCCUCAUUUGUAGGUAGCAAGAGAUACAUGGAUCAGUUGUAUUUCGACGGAAUGGCUAUUUCCAGUGCUAUUGGUUUCCCUGAUUUAUUUUUAACUUUUACCUGCAAUCCUAAAUGGCCUGAGAUUACACGUCACCUAUCCAUGAGGAAUUUAAACCCAGCAGAUCGCCCAGACAUAGUUUCAAAGGUCUUCAAAAUGAAGUUUGACGACCUAAUGGUUGACAUAACAAAGCGACAUGUUCUUGGCAAAGUCCUGGCCUGUAAGAUUUUUAAUCCAUAUGAUAUCUUUUAUUUAUCAACUACAUCUUGCUUAUUACUAUAA